AUGAAGAGCAAUUGUUUUUCCAGAGGGUCACAUCAAUUCGGAUUGAACGUGGUUGCCACAGCCCUGUGCGCGAAGCCUACGAGUUGUUCGUCUGGUGGCGAAGGAUGCGACUACGAGUUAGUCACUGUUAUGUUUGAUACUACGGAAAGAAUCCGAUCGGGCGCUGCGAAGUUCCUGGAGUUGCUAGUUGCUUUACCAAAAUCCCGGCAACACGAGGAGGGCCAUCCCUGGCCAUGGAAUCGAAUUCAGCUCAAGAGCGACUCUUUGUUGAAUUGGGAGGCCGGGAUCGAAGCAUGGGCUAAGUUUGUUGACUUCGCGACUGUCGAUAUUUUCAGCCAGCUUCCAGAGGACGCUCAGGGUGACCCUGCCAUCCGCGCUGAGUGUGCAAAAGAUAUAGCUGGUGCUUACUUCGGUGCGGUAGACGCGUACUGGAAAUCAGUAGACAAACCGCAACUAGAAAUGCUAACGACAAAAAUUGUGAGACGCCGAAAUGCCGCUGGCGAACGCUUCUGGAAUGAACCGCAAACCAUCACCCUAACACCGUGGUUAACCCAGUCGGAUAGAGAGCAGUUGAAUGCGGUAAACAUGGUUCCAAUUUACUCGAAGGACAGUGAACUAAUUUCGCGUGCUUCUAAUUCAACGGUGCGCCGUCGGAGGCGGUCAUUCAAUAGGUCAAGGACGGUCACGUACACUCGGACGACAUAG